GGAGCUCUACAUGACGUGGCGAGAUCCCAUUGGCUGGCAGCACUCGGUGUUUCUGAAGGCGCGGGAUGGCAAGGAGCAGCGGCGGGGGGAGAGGGGAUUCAUUGAGCGGAUGGAGAUGGACGGGCGAUCGUUGAACCCUCCCACUGAGGUGGGGCAGGCAGUGCAUGGGAAAGGGUCCUUUCACAUGCUGCUUCUAUCGACCACACCCAUGGGGGAUGGCAGGGACAGGGACACAUACCAU